GGAGAGAGAGAAAGCUCACUGUAUAAAUACAUUCAAACUCGAUUCAGAGCGAGCAAAACUAGAAGAAGAAGAAGAAGAAGAUUAACAGUAGUCGUAACAAUCCAGGGAUCUUUUUCCUCUCCGCUCGAUCGGAAGUGGAGGAGGAACAACAACGCUCCGAUUCUGGAAAUCAAGCCCUCUUUCUGCAGAAUCCCUGUAAAGGUUGUUGCAAAGUGGACAUCUAGAUCUACUUAGCAAAGAGAUCACUCAGUUGCAGUAAAGAUGGCGACAACACUUGCUUGGAGGUACACAAGCAGCAAUGGUAGCAGCUAUGGAGCAUCAGAUCUGGAUAAAAAGUUGGAUUCUAAGAUUCAAGAAUCGGAGCCACCAACUCCAUAUUCAGUCACAAAGAUGGGCUUGAGAGAUCGUGGCAAUGUGGGAGAUCCAGAUGGAACAAUUUCAAGUGUUGCCCAGUGCAUUGAACAUUUGCGUCAGGUUUCUUCAACAGAUCAAGAAAAAGAGAACUCUUUGAAAGAGUUACUAGAUCUUGUCGUAACUCGUGAUAGUGCUUUUGGGGCUGUUGGCUCUCACACACAAGCAGUUCCAGUACUUGUUGCUCUUCUCAGAUCAGGAUCACUGGGAGUCAAAAUGCUAUCUGCCUCUGUAUUAGGAUCUCUUUGCAAGGAGGAAGAAGUAAGAGUAAAAGUACUACUUGGUGGAUGCAUUCCUCCUUUGCUUGCUCUCCUUAAGUCUAGCUCAGCCGAGGGCCAAACUGCAGCUGCCAAAUCUAUUUAUGCUGUUUCACAAGGUGGGGCAAGGGACCAUGUUGGAUCAAAGAUUUUCUCAACUGAAGGAGUUGUUCCUGCCUUAUGGGACCAACUGAGGAACAGUGCUAGAAAUGGAAGCAUGGUUGAUGGGUUGCUUAUUUCUGCAUUAAAAAACUUAUCCAAGAAUGCAGAGGGAUUUUGGUCGGCAACUAUAGAAUAUGGUGGGGUAGAUAUACUCAUAAAGCUGAUUGUUUCUGGGCAAAUAAGUACCUUGGCAAAUACUUGCUGUCUUCUUGGAUGUGUAAUGAUGGAAGAUGCAUCAAUUUGUUCUCGAGUCUUAGCUGCAGAAGCCACCAAACAACUCCUCAAAUUGCUUGGGCCUGGAAAUGAAGCCUCUGUCAGAGCUGAGGCUGCAGGCACACUUAAAGCUCUUUCUGCACAGUGUAAGGAAGCCAGACGUGAGAUUGCUACUUUAGGUGGGAUCCCUGCUUUAAUCAAUGCAACUAUAGCUCCAUCAAAAGAAUUUAUGCAAGGGGAAUCUGCUCAAGCAUUGCAGGAAAAUGCAAUGUGUGCAUUGGCAAAUAUAUCUGGUGGGUUGUCGUUUGUCAUUUCCAGCCUUGGUGAGAGCCUUGAAUCAUGUUCUUCACCUUCACAGGUUGCUGACACAUUGGGUGCUUUAGCUUCAGCCUUAAUGAUAUAUGAUAUAAAUGCUGACUCUAUCAGGCCAUCAGAUCCUUUGGUUAUUGAGAAGAUACUAGUAAAGCAAUUCAAACCAAAGAUGGCGUUUCUUGUGCAGGAGCGUACUAUUGAAGCCUUAGCCAGCUUGUAUGGGAACAACAUACUCUCAAGGACGCUUGAAAAUCCUGAUGCAAAGCGCUUGCUUGUUUGUUUAAUAACUAUAACAAUGAACGAGGCGCAAGAGGAUCUUGUUAAAUCUCUGGUUAUACUGUGCAACAAAGAAUGCAGCCUAUGGCAUGCAUUGCGAGGUCGUGAUGGUGUUCAGUUGUUGAUAUCUCUUCUUGGUCUCUCUUCAGAGCAACAGCAGGAAUAUGCAGUUGCUUUGCUUUGCCUUCUGUCCAAUGAGAAUGAUGAAAGCAAAUGGGCCAUAACCGCUGCUGGAGGCAUACCACCUCUUGUUCAAAUCUUGGAAACAGGAUCUUCCAAAGCAAAAGAAGAUUCUGCAAUGAUCCUUGGCAACCUCUGUAACCACAGUGAAGAUAUAAGAGCAUGUGUUGAAAGCGCUGAUGCAGUACCUGCUUUACUGUGGCUGCUAAAGAAUGGAAGUGAUAAUGGGAAGGAAAUUGCAUCAAGAACUAUAAACUAUUUAAUCCAAAAGUCAGACACUGGAACUAUCAGUCAGCUGUCAGCUCUGCUAACUAGCAGUGAGCCUGAGUCUAAAGUUCAUAUAUUGGAUGCACUAAGAAGUUUGCUCUCAGUGGCACCCCUGAAUGACAUCUUGCGUGAAGGAAGUGCUGCAAAUGAUGCCAUUGAGACCAUGAUAAAAAUCCUUAGCUCUGCAAGAGAAGAGACUCAAGCUAAAUCAGCAUCAGCUCUUGCAGCACUCUUUCACUGCCGCAAAGACUUAAGAGAAACUCAUUUUGCUUUGAAGACUCUUGUGUCUAUCAUGAAUCUACUUAAUGUUGAGUCUGAAAAAUUUCUGGCAGAGGCUUCGCGCUGCCUUGCUGCUAUUUUUCUUUCCAUUAUGCAGAACAAGGAGGUUGCUGCAGUUGCUAGAGAUGCUUUGGCUCCAUUAGUUAUUCUUGCCAGUUCCCCAAUUCUUGAAGUGGCUGAGCAGGCAACGCAUGCUUUAGCUAAUCUUCUUCUGGAUUAUGAAAUUUCCACACAAGCAUCUCCUGAGGAGAUUAUUCUCCCUAUUACACAUGUUAUGCAAGAUGGCACUAUGGAAGGGAAAACUCAUGCUGCAGCAGCAAUCUCUCAUUUUCUUCAGUGUCACUUUGUUGAUCAGACAUUGGCUGAUAUUGUAAACCGUGCUGGGACAGUUCUCACACUCAUUGACACUCUAGAAUCUGCAAGUAUUCAAGACGCAGCUACUUCAGAAGUUCUUGAUGCACUUGUGAUGUUAUCGAGGUCCAAAAAUUCAAUAGACCUUGUAAAUCCUCCAUGGUCAAUCCUUGCUGAAAAUCCCCACAAGAUAGCCCCUUUAGUUUCCUGUAUAGCUGAAGGAACAUCCUUGUUGCAAGAUAAAGCUAUAGAAGUACUGUCAAGACUCUGUUAUGAUCAACACUCUAUACUCGGUGUUCUAGUAUCUGGAGCCUCUGUGUGUAUGCCAUCCAUUGCAAGACGAGUAGUUGAGUCCAACAGUUUCAAAAUUAAAGUCGGAGGAAGUGCUCUCCUUAUUUGUGCUGCAGAAGCCCAGAGCCAGAAGCUGGUAGAUGCCUUGCAUGAAACAAGCUUAUGCAUGCCACUUAUUCAUUCCCUUGUGAAGAUGCUACACUCCACAAGUUCUUCAUUUGACCACAGAAAUGAUGAAUGGCCAACUGGUAUUAUAAUCAACAGGCAUCCCAAAAGGCAUCCCAUUACUGGUGAAGUGGAACUCAGCACAGCUUUGAUCUCCGGUAACAUGAUUGUCCUAUGGCUACUUUCUAAACUUGCUAUUCAUGAUAAUCAUACCAAAGCAAUUAUAAUGGAGGCUGGGGCAGUUGAGAUCCUCGCUGACAAAAUCUCUUGUCAUGGACUCCUGUCUAUACAGGGCGAUUCUAGAGAAGAUAACGGUAUGUGGGUUUCUGCUUUACUCGUAGCAUUGCUAUUUCAAGACAGGGAUAUUAUACGUUCAAAUGCAACAAUGCGCUCUAUUCCAGUGCUUGCAAGUUUGUUGAGAUCAGAGCAGUCUGUGAACAGAUACUUUGCCGCACAGGCUUUGGCAAGUCUAGUUUCUGGUGGUAGUAGAGGAACUUUGCUUUCUGUUGCUAAUUCUGGGGCAGCUAGUGGGCUUAUAUCUUUGCUUGGUUGUGCUGACAAUAAUAUAGCUGAUCUUCUAGAAUUGGCAGAGGAGUUCUCUUUGGUGCCAAAUCCACAACAAGUUGCACUGGAGAGGUUGUUCAGAGUUGAUGAAAUUAGGAUUGGCACAACUUCACGGAAAGCAAUACCUGCACUUGUUGAUCUACUCAAGCCAAUUCCAGAUCGACCAGGUGCACCUUUUCUUGCAUUAGGCCUCUUAGCACAGCUAGCAGUAGAUUGCCCAUCAAACAAGCUGGUAAUGGUUGAUUCUGGGGCCCUGGAGGCACUUAAUAAGUACCUGUCGCUUGGCCCACAAGAUACAACAGAAGAAGCCGCAACAGAUCUACUGGGCAUUCUGUUCAGCACCGCUGAAGUAAGGCAUCAUGAAUCAGCACAUAGUUCUGUUAAUCAACUUAUUGCAGUCUUACGUUUGGGAGGAAGAAAUUCCAGGUAUAGUGCAGCUAAAGCACUUGAGAGUUUGUUUUCAUCAGAUCAUAUCAGGCAUGGAGAGUCAGCUCGGCAAGCUAUUCAACCUCUUGUAGAGAUUUUGAGUACUGGCUCUGCAAGGGAGCAACAUGCUGCUAUCGCUGCACUUGUUAGGCUGCUUCAUGAUAACCCAUCAAGAGCCUUUAACAUUGUGGAUGUAGAACUGAGCGCUGUGGAUGUUCUCCUCCGGAUUCUUUCUUCAAAUAGUUCACUAGAACUGAAGGGAGAUGCUGCUGAGUUAUGUGCUGUUCUUUUUGGAAAUACAAGAAUCCGAUCUACUACAGUUGCUGCACGUUGUGUGGAUCCUAUGGUGUCUCUACUAGUAGGUGAGUUUAGUUCUGCUCAACACUCAGCAGUUCGAGCAUUGGAUAAGCUUUUAGAUGAAGAUCAGUUGGCGGAAGUAAUUGCUGCACAUGGAGCUGUUGUCCCACUGGUUGAUCUGCUAUCUGGUAAAAAUUAUAGCCUUCAUGAGGCAGUUGCUAGUGCAUUCAUAAAAUUAGGCAAAAACAGGCCAGAUUGUAAGUUGGAAUUGGUAAAGUGCGGAGUAAUCGAAAGAAUACUUGAUAUUCUUCACAAAGCUCCAGAUUUUCUUUGUGUUGCAUUUGCAGAACUUCUUCGAAUAUUGACUAACAAUGCUAGCAUAGUUAAGGGUCCAUCAGCAGCCAAAGUUGUGGAUCCACUUUUUCUUUUACUUACAAGAUCUGAAUUUGGUGCUGAUGGACAGCAUAGUACAUUAAAGGUUCUUGUUAAUAUUUUGGAGCAAUCCCAGUGUCGAGCUAAUUAUAAUCUGACACCUCAACAGGCUAUUGAACCAGUCAUUGCACUACUGGAUUCACCCAGUCAAGUGGUAAAACAGUUAGCUGCAGAACUUCUAUCAAUUCUUCUUUUGGAGGAACACCUGCAGAAGGAUCCAGUCACACAGCAAGCAAUUAUUCCUCUCAUUGAACUUCUUGGAUCAGGUAUAUGCAUCUUACAGCAGAAAGCAAUAAAAGCUCUUGUUAAAAUUGUCAUGAUCUGGUCAAACACAAUUGCAAAACAAGGUGGUGUCCAUGAAAUAUCUAAGGUCAUACUGCAAUCUGACACUCCCUUGCCUCAUGCUAUAUGGGAAUCUGCUGCUUCGAUUCUGUCCAUUAUCUUGCAGUAUAGCUCUGAAUAUUUUCUGGAGGUGCCUGUGGCUGUUCUAGUGCAACUGCUUCACUCUGGAACAGAAACUACAGUUAUUGGUGCACUGAAUGCCCUCCUUGUCUUGGAAAGUGAUGAUUCAACUAGCGCAGAAGCAAUGGCUGAAAGUGGCGCAGUGGAGGCUCUGCUAGAACUUGUCAGGAGUCAUCAGUGUGAGGAAUCUGCAGCCAGAUUAUUGGAAUCAUUAUUGAACAAUGUGAAGAUUAGAGACUCAAAAGCUGCUAAAUCUGCCAUAUUACCAUUAUCAAUGUACCUUCUAGAUCCUCAAACACAGUCUCAGCAGGGGAAGUUGCUUGCAGCUCUUGCAUUAGGUGAUCUAUUCCAGAAUGAAGGUCUUGCUCGAACUACAGAUGCUGUUUCAGCAUGCCGGGCUCUGAUAAAUCUCCUUGAAGAUCAACCAACUGAAGAAAUGAAAGUUGUAGCCUUAUGUGCCCUGCAAAACCUAGUAACUUACAGCCGGUCUAAUAAGAGAGCUGUUGCAGAAGCUGGUGGUGUCCAAGUUGUGCUUGAGCUGAUCAAUUCCAGCAAUCCAGAUACUUCAGCCCAGGCAGCGAUGUUUGUUAAACUUCUGUUUUCUACUCAAACUAUCCAAGAAUAUGCUUCCAGUGAGACUGUAACAACAAUUACUGCUGCAAUCGAAAAGGAUUUAUUGGCCUCUGGAAGUGUGAAUGAGGAGUAUUUAAAAGCACUAAAUGCACUACUAAGUAACUUUCCUCGCUUGAGAGCCACUGAACCUGUUACACUGAGUAUUCCCCUUCUGGUAAAGUGCCUCAAAACCGGAUCAGAGGUGUCUCAGGAAGCAGCAUUAGAUUCACUGUUCCUUCUCAGGCAGGCAUGGUCUGUGUGCCCGGCUGAAGUUUUCAAAGCUCAGACUGUUGCUGCUUCGGAGGCUAUUCCUUUACUGCAAUACUUGAUCCAAUGUGGCCCACCCCGAUUUCAGGAGAAAGCUGAACUUCUGCUGCAGAGUUUACCAGGGACACUAACUGUUAUAAUAAAACGUGGAAACAAUUUGAGACAAUCAGUGGGAAACCCAAGUGUCUACUGCAAACUUAGGCUUGGCAGCAACCCACCUAUACACACCAAGAUUGUGUCAACUGGUCCUACACCUGAAUGGGAUGAAAGUUUCACGUGGGCAUUUGAUAGUCCUCCUAAAGGCCAAAAGCUCCACAUAUCUUGCAAGAACAAGAGUAAAUUCGGAAAGAAAUCGUUUGGAAAGGUGACGAUCCAAGUUGAUCAGGUGGUUGUGCUAGGAUCGGCUGCCGGAGAGUAUAUUCUACUUCCCGAAAGCAAAAGCGGCCCUCCUCGGCACUUGGAAAUAGAAUUCCAGUGGUCAAACAAAUAACAUCCUCAUUCGAGGUAUGUCGUCCUUGUAAAUCGAUGUCAAAGAAUUAAAACUGCUCCUCUUUCUGCACUUGAUCAUGCUUUAUUGUGGUAUUGUAUCCAUCAGAUAGGGUCUGCAUAGGAAUUAUUCUUAUUGAGUUUGCUUCACUAGAAAAAGGUUAUCUUGUGUGCAGUAUAUUGCUCUUUGUUUUGUGUUCCGACACAUUUCAAUGACAAAAGAUGGAGAAAAAUGUAUCUCUAAUCUUUGAGUUUUUUCCCACUUUCUUUGUAAGAGAUGUGCUCAAAUAUUACAAGCGAGUACUGACUAGCCCCAAUAAUAAUGUCUGUCAAUUCAAGCUGCUAGAUUAUAGUCAGCUUAUUGUUAUCA